GAGAAAGAUCGCCACAGUCGUCAUUCUUGAUUUGCCUUGGACUGACGAGACAUGCUGGCACUGACAUCCCUCGUGGGGAUGGCUCUGAUGGGCCAAUCGCUGGCACUGCGUGAGUCGAACCCGAAGGCAGAUCCUGCCGCGGUGGUGCUGGCUGGCCACGCCCGAUUCACGGUGCUGACGUCGCAGCUCAUACGCCUCGAAUGGAGUGCGUCUGACUUUCGCGACGCCUCGACGGUGGUGGUAAACAACCGUGCAUUGCCUGUGCCCAAGUACCAAGUGACGAAGAAGGACCAGUGGGUUGAAAUAUCCACCGACGCGUUGCACGUGCGAUAUGACGCAACCAGCUCCGUGUCGUUUUCGGACGCCAACUUGCGCGUCCAAGUGAAAUCUGUCUCAAGCAGCAAUCGCACGGUUACAUGGACGCCUUCGUUGACGGACAAGGACGACAAGCGUUUGUUUGGGUCGCUACGAACCCUCGACAUGACCAACGGCACUGUCGACUUGAAUUGCAAUGCAGGCGGGCCUGACACCAUUGCCGACUCGCACUGUACGUAUGGGCUGGUCAGUCGAAGUGGCUACGUCGUUGUGGACGAUUCGUUGAGCACGGAGCUCGACAACGACCCGUGGCCGUGGGUUGUCGAGACGUCGGCGAAACCCGCCACCAGCUGCGCCGCCAUCCCCCCGCUAGAACGUCGCGUGUGCGGGUACAACGUCGUGUCGCAAGACCAAUGCGAUGCCAACGGAUGCUGCUUUGACGACUUGGCGUCGCUGCCCAACGGGUUCUCGUGCUACUAUGGCGCCCAAGCGUACCAGGACUUGUACUUUUUUGGGCACGGGCUUGAGUUCAAGCAAGCUCUCCACGACUUGACGCUGGUGGCUGGCAAGAUUCCGCUGCCGCCCAAGUUUGCGUUUGGGGUGUUUUAUUCGCGGUGGUGGGCGUACAACGACGUGGACAUUGACGGUAUCAGCCACGAAUAUGCGACACGGUCCAUUCCUCUGGACGUGGUCGUGCUCGACAUGGACUGGCACUUGACGUUCUACAAGAACAACUCGGCCGAUCAGAGCGGCCAGCCCAAGGGGUGGACCGGCUACACAUGGAACAAGGAGUUGUUUCCUGACCCCAAGGCGUUUCUCGCGCACUUGCACAGCAACGGGCUCCACGUGACGCUGAAUCUGCAUCCCGCGUCCGGCGUCCAGCCGUGGGAGGACUCGUACGAGGCCAUGGCCACCGCAAUGGGCAUCGACCCAGCCACCAAAGCGUACGUCCCGUUCGACUUGACCAACAAGUCGUUUGCCACGAACUGGCUCCAACUUUCUCUGCAACCCCGCCAAGACGAAGGCGUCGACUUUUGGUGGCUCGACUGGCAGCAGGGCGAAGACUGGUUCGUAGCGCACAACCAAGCGUCCCCCAACCUGAACCCAACAUUGUGGCUCAACCAUGUGUUCUUUACGAACCCGUUCCAGUGGCGAAACGACACGCGUCCUGUGCUCCUGCAUCGCUUUGGUGGCCUCGGCAACCACCGGUACCCGCUGGGGUUUUCCGGCGAUGUCGUGCCGUCGUGGCAGUCGCUCCAGUUUCAGCCGUACUUUACAGCCAAUGCUGCCAACGUUGGGUUUGCGUACUGGAGCCACGACAUAGGCGGGUUCCAACAAGGUCACGAUGCCCAACUGUACACGCGGUGGAUUCAAUGGGGGGUGUUUUCCCCCGUACUGCGUACCCAUUCUCAAAAGGACAGCGUGUCGGACCGACGGAUUUGGACGUACCCGAAUGCAAACUACGAAAUCAUGCGCCAUUUCAUCAACUUGCGCCGGCGGUUGGUGCCGUAUAUAUACACCCAGAGCCGCCUCACGCACGACACGGGGCUCGCAAUGCUGCACGGUUUAUACUACGAAUGGCCAGAAUUCGACGAAGCGUACUCGUAUACCCAUCAGUACGCGUUUGGUUCGUCGUUCGUGGUGGCGCCCGUCGUCCAGCCGGUGGAUCCGACUACGCAGCUGGCGGCCAAGUCGGUGUGGGUGCCCCCUGGCGUCUGGUUCGAUCUGACACGGGGGUCGCUCGUGACUGGCCCGAUAGUGUACAAGCGGUGGUACGCGUUGGAUGAGGUGCCGUGGUUCGCCAAGGCGGGUAGUAUCGUACCGUUCGGACCAGAAGCGACCGCCUCCAGCUUGGGGCAAGCGCAGACCGCCCCCGAUGCGCUCGUGUUGACCAUCAUUCCCGGCACGCCCCACGGAAGCGGGGCCGUGUACGACGACGCGGGCAACUCGUCCGCGUAUUUGCGUGGUGACCAACACUCUUGGACGCACUUUACCUACGACUCCCAGGACAAUGCGUCGAUGGUGGUGACGAUAUAUCCCGCCAAUGGAACAUUUGCCGGGCGGCGGCCCCGCCAACGCUACCUCUUGGAGCUUCGCCACGCGGUCCCGGCUCGCCAUGUACAAGUUGACGGCCGUGACGUGGCAUACUGUGCGUUCGGUAACGACGAGGCUACACCAGAGGGCGGAGGAUGGACGUACGAUCCAUCCCACUUGACAUUGCUUGUGCACUUGGACGUUGCUGUCACGUCCACGACGCGCGUUCGUGUGCAAUUUGACACCCCCGCCAGUUUGUCGACCAAAGUCGACUUGAACGGGGUAGUGGGGACCAUGGCGCGGCUCCAGCACGUCAAAACCCUGCUGGACCUCCAGUUUGCGUAUGCAGAGGACUACCCGUACUUGCGCCACGCGUACGGCAUGAGUCGCCGCAUCCAGUACAACUUGACGUCAUUCUUCCAGGAAGUGGCACUGUGGCCACAAUGGAUCAAGCUGGGCGUGGCCGAAGUCCGCAAGUUGAAGCUAGCUCCGUCGGUUCAAGCGCAAAUUGUGCACCUACUCGCUGACGACACGGCAGUACCUCACGAGUCCCGUGUAGACAAAGUGUUUGCAGACGAUCAGGUGGCGGACGUGCUGGUAUUCAACUAGCUGGCAAAUUGCUGUCGUCGUGGGAUGCUGCUGUCAGAGGGGGUUUUGCAUUGUUUCGGUGGAAGGUUGCAUAGUAAUUAGCAGUCCUCUCACUAUAUAUAUGACACUAAUAACGUUUAGCGUACAUGUACAUGUAUGUGCAUUGUUGAAUACACCAAGCUCGAUACAUAAAAC